CGGUCUAAGGCAAAAAUGUUCUUACUGAAGCCGUGUCCUUUUACAAACAGGUUGUUGUCAGAGGGCGCAGAUGUGAAUGCCAGGCACAAGCUCGGCUGGACCCCGCUCAUGGUAGCAGCCAUCAACAGAAAUUCUAGCGUGAUCAAGAGCCUGCUUGCAGCUGGUGCUGAUCCCAACCUAGGAGACGAAUUCGGCAGUGUCUACGAGACAGCCAGAGAGAAGGGGCUCCAUUCACUGGAAGUUCUAGUGACCCGGGAGGAUGAGUUCAACAACCGCCUGAACAACCGAGCCACGUUCAAGGGCUGCACAGCUCUACACUACGCCGUGCUCGCUAACGACUAUGGGACCGUCAGGCUGCUGCUGGAAGGAGGAGCCAACCCCCUGCAGAAGAAUGAAAUGGGACACACGCCGCUGGAUUAUGCCCGCGAAGGGGAAGUCAUGAAACUGCUGAAGGCUUCGGAAACAAAGUUCCAGGAAGAGCAGCGGAAGAGAGAGCUAGAGGAACGGCGCAGAUUUCCACUGGAGCAGCGGCUGAAAGAGCACAUCAUCGGCCAAGAGAGUGCCAUAGUGACUGUGGGAGCUGCUAUUCGGAGAAAAGAAAAUGGCUGGUACGACGAAGAGCACCCCUUGGUUUUCCUUUUCUUGGGAUCGUCGGGAAUAGGUAAAACAGAGCUGGCCAAACAGACAGCAAAGUACAUCCACAAGGACCUCAAGAAGGGUUUCAUUAGACUGGACAUGUCAGAGUUCCAGGAAAGACACGAGGUUGCCAAGUUUAUUGGCUCUCCCCCCGGGUACGUUGGCCAUGAAGAAGGCGGGCAGCUAACCAAGAAGCUCAAGCAGUGCCCGAAUGCAGUGGUCCUCUUUGACGAAGUUGACAAAGCCCAUCCUGAUGUCCUCACCAUCAUGCUGCAGCUGUUUGAUGAAGGCAGGCUGACGGAUGGAAAGGGGAAGACCAUUGACUGCAAAGACGCCAUCUUCAUCAUGACCUCCAACGUGGCGAGUGAUGAGAUCGCCCAGCAUGCCCUGCAGCUCAGACAAGAGGCCCUGGAAAUGAGCAAGAACAGGAUCGCUGAAAACUUAGACGAUGUCCACAUGUCUGACAAGAUCACGAUCUCCAAGCAAUUCAAGGAGAAGGUCAUCCGCCCCAUCCUGAAGGCUCAUUUCCGGCGGGACGAGUUCCUGGGCAGGAUUAACGAAAUCGUUUACUUCCUCCCCUUCUGCCACGCAGAGCUCAUCCAACUGGUCAAUAAAGAGCUGAAUUUCUGGGCCAAGAAGGCCAAAAUGCGGCACAGUAUCACUUUGCUCUGGGACAGGGAAGUGAUGGACGUCCUGGCUGAUGGCUACAAUUUGCACUACGGCGCCCGGUCGAUCAAACACGAGGUCGAGCGGCGCGUUGUGAACCAGUUAGCGGCCGCCUACGAGCAAGACCUGUUGCCACGGGGCUGCACCCUGCGCAUCACGGUGGAGGACUCGGACAAGAAGCUGCUGAAAACCAAAGACAGUUCCUCCUUGGAGGAGACUGAGAGGAAGGCCCCGACGCUGCGGUUGGAGAUCGUGGAGAAGGACAGCAAGCGCCGGAAACUGGACAUCCAGGUGCCCCUGAACCCUGACCAGAUCUCUUACUUCUUGUAGGCACGGGGGGGCCAGACAACAAUAAAGUCACUGUGCGACUCAGACUUUGGAGAACAGCCCGUCUAUGAGUAAGAGCAAAGGGGACGGGAGCCCAGCCCAUAACAAGGGGCUCAGGGGACAUGUGUGUUUUGUCACUGAAUACCCUCCUAGGCCCCUACCGUCCUGUGUUCUCACCAAGUUGGUUCAAGACCCUCCAUCGCCCUCAUAGGGUUGAACUCCAUGCUGCCCUCCAACUCACGGGGAGAACAGACGGACAUGCCGCCAUGUGGAAACCUUGGAGUGAGAGGAAUAUAAGGGCAGGGAGGAGUGUUUCAGCAAGGAAAGGGAGGCAGAUUUCAACCCACACCAGUGCUAGAGAGUCUGGCUCUCCCUUGAGUUUAUCCCUUUGCUCAGGAGGGAGCUCCUGCUUGCCCUGCUCUGGCUACAGAGCAGGGUGUGCUGCCUAAGGGCAGGUGCUUCUCCACAUUAUGGCUUGAUUUUAAAAGCUGCCAUGAGCUCUCCAGCCCCUGUGCGUGGUCUGUGUCACUGAACUUCAGUAGCUGCAUGGUGCAUACGUGGCACGCAGCUCUUUCUCAGGACGGUGGGCAUGGCACAGGGGCAGGGGAGCCCACCUCCCUGAGGAACGGGGAAAAGAGGGGCACAAAUGCGGCUCAGCUGCCUUCAGGGAGCCUUCGGCUGAGACCCUUCCACUGCCUGCUCUCGGGUGAAUCCACCCAGCGAGGCUCCAGCCAAACCCAGACCCGUGACACGCCGGUGCGGUCCUGUCUACGAGUGCUGCUGCUGUCGUCUCUGCGCCGGACUCGAUCGUCUCCAUCCUGCAAAUCCUCCUUCUGGGAAGCAGCAUCUCUGGGCCGGGCUGAGCCGUAGCCAGUUGCCGGGUCAGAGCAAAGUGCCCUGCUCCAGGCAAACGUGGAGCUGGGCCAUCUCCUGCCAGCAGUAAUCAGAUUUGUUCCCUGCAUGCUCGCAAGAUCCUUCCUCUGCAGAAGGUUUAACUCUUCAGAGCCCUGUUGCCGUCGCCACAACACUCGGGUGCGGGGGGAACCGCUCGUGUGUGAGACCUGCUGCCUCUGGGCUCAGACUCUAAAUUGUGUGUUUCGGUCAAUAAAAGUCUGUUUUGUCUGGCA